AUGCUCGACGAAACCGAGGCCUCCCAGGAAAAGACGGAGGCAGAGGUGCCUGACGCAUUUACGUCUGCACGAUCUGUGUCUGAUCGCAUGCCACCAUACUUCUCUAAUUCCCCAAAUGCCUCCACACAACCAUCUUUGGACCUCGAACUUGAUCCUAUGUACCAUCAAAUGUGGCUAGCCUCCGAGGCUUCUCAAACAUCUCACACAUACAGUAGCCUCAGAUCCGCCCGAUCCCAAAGCUCCCGCCGGCCGAGCGACACUGCAUGGAUGCCUCUCAACCAGCAAUCCUCCCACUGGACCAGCUCGCAAAGAUCACUCUCCCCAUUUUCUAUCGACCAACAAAUGAUUACCACAUCCAACUGCCACCUGACUUCAGCGAACUUGCUCCAAAUCUACCACGACGUGUUAGAGUAUAACUUGUCGUGUUGGUUAAGCGAAAUGACUUGUCCCUACCAAGCAGGUUCACACAGUACCCCUCAGAUUGUACCCGAACGAAGCUCCUCACGGUCUAAUACGAUAUACCAGCGCACGAUCAGGCUCGAUCGCGUCGCACAGUCUUGCAAUAUUCUGCAACUGACACAAGCUGAGGAUCAGGCCGCCUCCAAGGCUCUGCACCUUGCAAUUAUGGCGUUUGCUACGCAGUGGGCACAGGGCAGUCGUCGGCACCGCGAGAAAUACCUGACCAGCCCUCUCGAUAAUAGCGAGGACGACUUUGCCGGCGGUAUCGCCGAAGAGUUUGACCGCAUUCUCCAGAAUCAGUUUUGGGACCAGGCGCAGCGUGCACUCCAACAAAUCGCCGAUUUGGAGUCUUAUAGAGUGGCAUGUGCCGAGUUUAUCUUCGGAUUGACACAACGACCAUGGAAUCCUGGCAAUCGGCCUCCUAGAUAA